CUGAACACUGCCUGACUUCAUGUUAGCGCGAAUUAAGGUUUUGUUAUAGGUGCAGCCCGUUUCAAAUCAUUCAAAUCAGUUUGAUCUAUCGCUUUGCCCGCAGUUGGCCCGCUGUGAUGCGCUGAUUCCAUCAGUGAUGCUCGGAUGGGGCAAUAUUGUGGGUCCUGCGUGUGGUAACACCUCCGAAGUCUUGCGAUGAUGGAAGGAUAAAAAGCUCUCAUGCCCACCGUACCAGUCAACUACACCAGCGCAAUGCCAAUACACCAACGUCCUGCCGACGUCGGCGCAGAAACUCGAUUCCUGGAUACGAACUCGCCUCGCAAGGGUUUGUAUGACUAUAUCAUAGUAGGAGGUGGAACCGCAGGAUGCGUUCUUGCCAGCAGGCUUACUGAGGACCCCAAUAUCUCUGUCUUACUUCUUGAGCGUGGUGGCGUUCACAACACCUUCAUCAUGCGGUGUCCUCUCUUGUCUGGAUCAUUCCUCCAGGGGAAACAUCCUUCCGUACGAUGGAACAGCACACCUUUGACCGCUGCCAAUGGGCGUGUCCUUGAAAUCCUCACCGGGACUGUAUUAGGUGGUGCUUCAAGGUUUAAUGCAAUGGUUUACACUAGGGGUAGCGCUGCGCAGUAUGACGAAUGGAGGAAACGGGGACGCGUUGGUUGGAGUUAUGCCGAUCUCGAACCAUACUUCAUCAAAUCCGAAAAUGCAGUUAGCACUCCAGGAAACCAUCAUGGCAGUGGAGGACCAUGGAGCAAUCAACAUUUCGACAAGUUCCACUUCAGUUCAUUCCCUCGUACUGCGAAAGCUGCCCGUGACUUGGGUAUAUCGUACACCGAAGAUGUCAACGCCCCAGAAGGCUCUUGUAUAUCCUGCGCGAAACUUCACGUCACAAUGACUCCGGAUGGUAAACGUCUGUCCACCCUCGAUGCAUUUCUUCCACCUUCGAUCAUCACGCAGAGGCAGAGGCUCGAUAUUUGCACUGACACGCUUGUCACGAAAAUCGAUUUUGAACAUGACGGCGUGCAAGCGGUCGCAUCGGGAGUGUUCUUCAAACCGUUUGACUCCCCUGCGACCGAGAAGAUACUCUACGCGAGGGCUAAGAAGGAGAUUAUUGUUUGCUGUGGAGCUAUCGAGACUCCCCACUUGCUACUGCUAAGCGGGAUCGGGGCAAAAGAUCAUAUAUCAAAGCAUGGUAUCAAAGUCAUCAAGGAUCUGCCAGGUGUUGGACACAACUUGCAAGAUCAUGCCGGCGUCACGCUCACGUACAAAGUCCCCCUCUCUGACUCAUUCCACUCGCUUGAGAGCAGCUUAACGCGAGCAUUGACGGAGUUUUUGAAUUACCUGAUAUGGGGUCGGGGACUAUUCACGAACCCUACCUUGCAGGUGUCGAUCUUUGCCAAGUCGGACAAUUUGGGAAGUGACGCCAAGCCUAGCUUUGAUCCCACCAACCGUGAAGCGUUUCCCGACAUUGAAAUAAUGCCCAUCCCCGUUGAAAUCAAUCGCGUUGCAACCCAGAAGUCUCAGGGCUUCUUCUCAUUUCUUUGCGUUCCUCUGCAACCUAAAUCAUCGGGCACGAUCGAGCUUCACUCCCACAACCCUCAUGCAAGCCCCAAAGUAGACCUUGGAUUCUUUACGGACGCCACAGAUUUCAAUGUUGCCAGGAAGGCUCUGCGCCUUGCAAUGAAAUUAGCAGAAAAGAUGCGCGCGGAUGGGUACCAAAUGGAAGAUCAUCUGGUUCCUGCCGGAGACAGUGACGAGCAGUUGGACACCUUCAUCCGACAGGGCGCUCGCACAACAUUUCACUACGCAUCUAGUUGUCGUAUGGCUCCGGAGCAUGAUACAGUCCCAGGCGUGAUUGACGAUGAGCUUCGUGUGCAUGGAAUUUCCCAUCUGAGGAUCGCAGAUGCAAGCAUCUUCCCAGAUGUAGUAGCGACUCAUCUCCAGGCUCCGGUUGUAAUGGUGGCUGAGAAGUGCGCUGAUAUGCUGAAGCAAACGUGGAGCGCGACGAUACGAUAGCGCACCCUUGUGUUAGCGAAAUUGACAAUUGCUGUGUGGUUUAUGGCGUAAUUAGCUAGUCGCUUGCACAUACACGAUGUAUUUAUUUAAAACUUAAAAUCCGCUAUCAUGAUGUAGUAAGUACUAUUGAUCAUCGAAACGACAGCCUCCGCACG